CGCGUCCAGUCUUCUCGCCUGUCCUGUCCCUGUCCGGACUGAGAGAUUCUAGCUAGGAUCGUCCCGGAGGAGAAGUUCUCGCGAGGAUCUUUCAAAGGGGGGGCUCUUUCUCCCGCCGUCUGCCUCAGUGCGCCUCACCGUGCUCCCGCACUUGAGCGCAGUGUGUCACCUCACUGUAUCCUCGCCGGAAGGGAAGAAGAAGAAGAUGGACGGCGACGGUGACAUGAUCCCAUCUUCGCCCUCCGCGGAGACAUCGCCCUCCUCGUCCGAUGUCGCCACCGAGUCCACUGGGUCGUUCUUUCGUGACCGGAGCACGACGCUGGGGACGCUGAUGGGCGUGUCCCUCGCCGACGAGGAGCCGGGGCAGGUGCAGGACAACCAGCCGGGGCGGGAUGCAGGGGAGGAGAUGGAGACUCCGCGCGCUCCGGCGCACGAGGAGGAAGGGUGGAGGUGGCGCCGCAGGUGGAGGCGCCGGCGCUGGCGCAGCGCCGGCGGCGGCUGGUGGAGGCUGUGCAGGGACGACGCCCGCGCGCCCACGUCGCUGGGCCACUUCCUGGACAUGGAGAGGCAGCUCACCGGCGCCGGGCUGCUGUACGGCGACGGCGCGGGGGAGAGGGACGCGACCGCGGUCUCGCCCGUGUCCGAGAACGACGGCAGGGUGCGGCCGUCGGCGGCGGAGGAAAGCGGGGGGUGGAAGCUGCGGAGGCCGGCGCAGGGGACCUCGUUGUCAUCGCUGGCGAGGCUGCCGGUGCUGCUCACCGCCAUCUGCAGCGGUGGAGCCGCAUGAUCGGGGUGGAGAGUGGUUCAUGGGAUGGGUGAAAUCCGCAAUUUUGUCACUUGUUCAGUUAUUUGUCACUUUCCGUUUGUAAUCAAGCCAAACUGAUCGGCGUCGAACACCUCGUGUUAUCUUGGGAGGGCAUCUGUUUUUUUUUUUUGAAAAGCCAUCUGAUGAAUUUGUUCGAUAGCUGAAGA